AUGGAUGUGGGAGCACAGGAGGGUGAGAAGGUGGUGGUGGAGGAGGAGAAGAUGCGUAGGGUGGAGACUCUGUUUGGUCGUUGGCGAAAGAUCACUCCCUUCACCGGACAUGGAGGAUGGAUGUGUGAGCGUGGGGAGUGCAUGUGUUUUUUAGUGGAUAGGUGGAAAUGCGCCUCUCCCAAAUGCAUUCACUUCACCUCCCUGGCUGGCUGCUCUUCUCGCCGCGUUGCUAAUAUUCCUACCGUUCUUGACAAGCUCACCCUCUCCCCGAUUGCAACUCCCCGUCUUCCAUAUCAUUCUCAUCCUACUGUACCGCAUUGUGGCAGCCUCUCAUUGGCACCACCACUGCUUCCCGCCCUUCGUUUCAAUGUGAGCGUGUUGCUGAGCCUCAGCAUCUAUGGCAGUACCACGACCGUUGAAUGCGAAAUUGGGUGGGUGUGGGUGAGUGCUACAUAUCCACUAAUGGAGAGCAAGGAGGAGGAGGAGGAGGAGAAGGUGGCACUUUAG